CACCCAAUGAACCAGCACCCAAUGAACCAGCACCCAAUGAACCAGCACCCAAUGAACCAGCACCCAAUGAACCAGCACUCGAUAGAUCCAGCCUUAAUGAAUCAAGCAUCGAUGAAUCAAGCCUCAAUGAACCAGCACCCAAUGAACCAGCAUCCCAUGAACCAGCACUCGACGGAUCAAGCCUCAAUGAACCAGCACCCGAUGCACCAGCACCCGAUGCAUCAGCACCCGAUGCAUCAGCACCCGAUGCACCAGCAUCCAAUGCACCAGCACCCAAUAAACCAGCACUCGAUGGAAUGCUGGUUCGUCGGGUGCUGGUUCAUGGGGUGCUGGUUCAUGGGGUGCUGGUUCAUGGGGUGCUGGUUCAUGGGGUGCUGGUUCAUGGGGUGCUGGUUCAUGGGGUGCUGGUUCGUCGGGUGCUGGUUCAUUAAGGCUUGACCCAU